AUGGCCUACCAAGGCACUGGUAAUCACUCGCCUCCCGGCUACGAUGACGGUGGGCAUCGGCUUCAGGAUCUACCAGCCGGCAACAACUAUGAAGAAGAAGCGUCUAGAGGACUGCUAUCGAGCCAAACGGGCCCAUUCACAGGUCCCUUUGAUGACCCUCAGCAGCGCAAUCUGUCCCCGGCUCGGCCCACCUCUGGAUACAGCUUGACCGAGACAUAUGCUGCCGAUGCGGGUUAUCAUGAUCCUUACAGUGCAGGUGGCUCGGUUUACUCUGCACAGUCUGGAGAGAACCCCGCGACUGCCUUUGGCGUCCCCGGCCGCGUUGCUUCGCCCUAUGCUCGUAGCGAGACCUCGUCAACAGAGGCUUGGCGCCAGAGACAGGCUCCUGGAGGUGCUGGUAGUGGUGGCGGCGGUGGCCUGCGCCGUUACGCCACCAGAAAGGUCAAGCUUGUGCAGGGCUCAGUCCUGAGUGUUGACUACCCAGUGCCUAGUGCUAUUCAAAAUGCAAUCCAGGCAAAGUAUAGGAACGACCUGGAGGGCGGAAGCGAAGAAUUCACACACAUGCGUUACACCGCAGCCACAUGUGAUCCUAACGAGUUCACCCUUCAUAAUGGCUAUAACCUUCGUCCUGCCAUGUACAACAGACACACCGAGUUGUUGAUUGCUAUUACGUAUUACAACGAAGAUAAGACGCUUACAGCCCGUACGCUGCAUGGUGUGAUGCAAAACAUUCGUGACAUUGUGAACUUGAAGAAGUCUGAGUUCUGGAACAAGGGUGGGCCAGCCUGGCAGAAGAUUGUGGUCUGCCUGGUGUUUGAUGGUAUUGAUCCCUGUGACAAGGAUGUGCUGGAUGUCUUGGCCACCGUUGGUAUUUACCAGGAUGGUGUCAUGAAGCGUGAUGUUGAUGGAAAGGAAACCGUUGCUCAUAUCUUCGAAUACACGACGCAAUUAUCCGUUACCCCCAACCAGCAGCUCAUUCGCCCGACAGAUGACGGUCCCAGCACACUACCUCCUGUUCAGAUGAUGUUCUGUUUGAAGCAGAAGAACAGCAAGAAGAUCAACUCUCAUAGAUGGCUUUUCAACGCUUUCGGCCGUAUCCUGAACCCCGAGGUCUGCAUUCUUCUCGAUGCUGGUACCAAGCCUGGUCACAAGUCACUCUUGGCCCUGUGGGAGGCCUUCUACAACGACAAGGACCUCGGAGGUGCUUGUGGUGAAAUUCACGCCAUGUUGGGUAAGGGUUGGAGAAACCUAAUCAACCCUCUCGUUGCCGCCCAGAACUUCGAAUAUAAAAUCAGUAACAUCCUCGACAAGCCGUUGGAGAGUUCCUUCGGCUAUGUCAGUGUGUUGCCUGGUGCUUUCUCAGCAUACCGAUUCCGUGCCAUCAUGGGCCGCCCACUGGAGCAGUAUUUCCAUGGUGAUCAUACGCUCUCCAAACAGCUGGGCAAGAAGGGUAUCGAGGGAAUGAACAUUUUCAAGAAGAACAUGUUCUUGGCCGAGGACCGUAUCUUGUGUUUCGAGCUGGUUGCUAAGGCUGGCUCAAAAUGGCAUUUGUCAUACGUUAAAGCCUCAAAGGGUGAAACUGACGUGCCUGAAGGUGCUGCUGAGUUCAUCUCGCAGCGUCGUCGUUGGUUGAACGGAUCCUUCGCAGCCGGUAUCUAUUCGCUCAUGCAUUUCGGACGGAUGUAUAAGAGUGGCCACAACAUCAUUCGAAUGUUCUUCCUUCAUAUUCAGAUGUUGUACAACACUUUCUCGACUAUACUUACAUGGUUCUCUCUGGCAUCCUAUUGGCUUACAACAUCGGUCAUUAUGGACCUGGUCGGUACUCCUAGCGCUAGCAACGGUCACACAGGUUUCCCCUUUGGCAAAACGGCAACUCCCAUCGUCAACACGAUUGUCAAAUAUGCCUACCUUGGUUUCCUGCUCCUCCAGUUCAUUCUCGCUUUGGGUAACCGCCCGAAAGGUUCCCGUUUCUCGUACCUGGCAUCCUUCGUUGUCUUCGGUAUCAUUCAGCUCUACGUUGUCGUCGAUGCACUAUACCUGGUAGUCCGCGCUUUCAGUGGCAGUGCUCCGAUGGACUUUGAUACCACGCACGGUGUUGGUGCGUUCCUUGGUUCGUUCUUCGGGUCGACAGGUGCCGGUAUCAUUAUCAUUGCGCUUGCUGCCACUUUCGGUCUCUACUUCGUGGCUUCGUUCAUGUACAUGGACCCUUGGCACAUGUUCACCUCGUUCCCUCAGUACAUGGCCGUGCAGUCUUCUUACAUCAACAUUCUGAACGUCUAUGCCUUCAGCAACUGGCACGAUGUGUCUUGGGGUACCAAGGGUUCUGAUAAGGCGGAUGCUCUUCCCUCCGCGAAGACUACCAAGGAAGGGGGCAAGGAGACCGUCAUUGAGGAAAUUGACAAGCCCCAGGCCGAUAUUGACAGCCAAUUUGAAGCUACGGUGAAGCGUGCUUUGACACCAUAUGUGGCUCCCGUGGAGAAGGAUGAGAAGAGUUUGGAUGACUCGUACAAGAGCUUCCGUACGAGAUUGGUGACGUUCUGGAUCUUCAGUAACGCUCUAAUGGCUGUUUGCAUCACCAGCGAUGGUGUGGAUAAGUUUGGCUUCACAAACUCUGCCACCGAUCGUACGUCACGCUUCUUCCAGGCCCUACUGUGGUCAAACGCCGUUGUUGCGCUUUUCCGCUUCAUCGGAGCCUGCUGGUUCCUGGGUAAGACCGGUGUGAUGUGUUGCUUUGCCCGCCGCUAG